AUUGGAUUUAGGUGUUCCAAUCACCUCCAUGGCUACAGGCAUAUAAAAUCAAGCACCUAGGCAUGCAGACUGCUUCUACAAACAUUUGUCAAAGAAUGGGUCGCUCUCAGGAGCUCAGUGAAUUCAAGCGUGGUUCUGUGAUAGGUUGUCACCUGUGCAAUAAGUCCAUACGUGAAAUCUCCUUGCUACUAAAUAUUCCACAGUCAACCGUUAGUGGUAUUAUAACAAAGUGGAAGCAACUGGGAACAGCAAUUCAGCCACCAAGUGUUAGGCCAUGUAACAUGACAGAGCGGGGUCAGUGCAUGCUGAAGCACACAGUGUGCAGAAAUCGCCAACUGUCUGCAGAGUCAAUAGCUAAAGACCUCCAAACUUCAUGAGGCCUUCAGAUUAGCACAACAACAGUGCAUAGAGAUCAUCAUGGAAUGGGUUUCCAUGGGCAAACAGCUGCAUCCAAGCCUUACAUCACCAAGUGCAAUACAAAGUCGUCGGAUGUAGUGGUGUAAAGCACUCUAGAACAGUGGAGACGUGUUCUCUGGAGUGACGAAUCAAGCUUCUCUGUCUGGCAAUCCCAUGGACAUCUCUGUGUUUGGCAGUUGCCGGGAGAACGACACUUGCCUGACUCUAUUGUACCAAGUGUAAAG